AUGCAUCCUCUCGCAGCAGCGGCAUGCAGGAAACUGCAGAUAUGCUUGCUGGCACGCACGCGCCCUGGUAAAAAGGAGCGGAGUACGGUACGGUACGGUACUACUACUGUAGACAAGUACGGACGCCGUAUUGGCUGUGGACGUUAUGGUCGCAUCGGGCUCGGCGGGCUCUGUGAGCAUGUUCUGCAUGCUAUCACCAGCCGGCCAAAGCGGGCUAGAGGGCCGGACGACGACGACGACGACGACGACGACGACGACGACGACGACGACGACGACGACGAGGCUGAUCGCUCAGCUCAGCUCAUCCCAGCUCAUCCCAGCCCAGCUCAAAGAAACAGCACCCGCAAGUCCCGAAGCUCCCCAGACCCCGACCCCGACCCCGACCCCGACCCCGACCCAGACCCAGACCAACCGCAAUCAACCAACCGCAACCAAGAUCAGAUUCCCCAACUUCCAAGAAUCAGCUGCCCGACUCAAGACGAAACGACGCUACUCCGUCCGUCCUUGUUCCUACUCAGUCGCGGGUCAACCACUACCGCUACCACUACCGCCGAUAACGUACCACGGGCCGGCAUGAGGACCUCGGUGCCGAUGAAGCCCGUCGAGCCGGCGAGGAUGAGCUUCACCUUGCGUUUGCUGACUUCGCUUACGCCCUUGCCGCACGAGCAAGAACGGGAUAUGGUAUGCGGCGGUUAG